GUUUCGCUAAUGUUUAUCAUUGAUCGCAUCUUUGCUGAGGUCAGAGAGUGAUGCCGGUUCACCAGAUCAAUGUUAAUCCGCCUGACUGGCAACCACCUUUGUCACUUGGUCCUUCCAAUAAUAACAGUCCUGCUGCCGGUGAAGGCUUACCAGAAUGGACUCCAAGGGAAUCGACGUAUGCAACAGUAGUUACAAUUAUACCAGACCAUUGUCACUCAUCCGUGAGCACAUUGUCCUCCAGCAAUCAUGAUAUUUGUAGAAUAUGUCAUUGUGAAGGGGAAGAAGGUGCUCCUCUUUUAGCACCUUGUUACUGCAGCGGUAGUUUACGUUACGUGCAUCAGACAUGUCUUCAAGAAUGGAUAAAAACUUCAGACACGCGUGCUUGUGAAUUAUGUAAAUUCACAUUUAUUAUGCACGCUAAAACCAAACCAUUUUGCGAGUGGCAGAAGCUCGAAAUGUCAGCCCUAGAGGUUCGUAAAUUAUGGUGCGCAGUUGCUUUUCAUGCGGUAGCUACACUUUGUGUGGCUUGGUCUUUAUAUGUACUUGUUGAACGAUCUGUUGAAGAAGCUUUACGUGGAUAUGUAGACUGGUCAUUCUGGACUAAGCUAAUAGUUCUUGUAAUUGGUUCCACAGGAGUUUUAGUUUUUAUGUUCAUUCAAUGCAAAGCAUACAUUACGCUAUGCAGAAAAUGGCGAGCGUUUAACAGAGUAAUAUUCAUUCAGAACGCUCCUGAAAAAGUGGUGCUUCCUCCCUCACCUACAGACUCUCUGAGAGAAGUAACAUUGCCUCUGAAGGAGUUCAAUCAUACUUUACUACCCCGUAACAUAGAUCCUCCAUGUGCCUCGCAGAUGGUGAAACCAGAUUCCGAAGCGCCUCCGCAGAGGCACGAAGCUCAAUUGAAACUUUACGUGUUUGAUAAAUUAUCCUCGUCAGAAGACAACUUAUAAUACGGUCGGGGUAAUACGGAUAAUUGCUAAUUGUGUAUUAAUGAAUAGCGAAAUUGUAAGGCGAGCAUCAGCAUGUGUCUAGAAUGUG